AUGGUUCCCGCACCAAGAACAGCCAUUAUCUACUAUUCGUUGUACCACCAUAUUGCGACUCUCGCUAACUCUGCCAAAGCAGGAAUUGAAUCUGCGGGAGGAGCUGCUGAUAUCUUCCAGGUUCCGGAAACCUUGCCUGACAACAUUCUCAAACUCCUCAAGGCUCCACCAAGACCAGAUGUGCCAAUUGCUACCAAUGAAACCUUGAAAGAGUACGAUGCCUUCUUGUUCGGUAUUCCUACCAGGUAUGGUAACUUCCCUGCACAAUGGAAGUCCUUCUGGGAUGGAACGGGUAGUCUCUGGGUAACUGGAGCUCUUAGAGGGAAGUAUGCUGGAGUAUUUGUCUCUACCGGUUCUCCAGGUGGAGGUCAAGAAACUACUGUAAUCAGUUCUUUAUCAACAUUGACCCACCACGGAAUUGUCUAUGUUCCAUUAGGCUAUGGCCAUCCUGGUAUCACCAGUUUCGACGAAAUUCAUGGUGGUUCUCCAUGGGGGGCCGGUACUUUUGCUAAGGCUGAUGGUUCAAGAGAAGUAACAGAACUUGAAAAAGAAAUCGCAAAGACUCAGGGACACGAUUUCUUCAAGACCAUCACCAAGUUUAAGGAAUAG